AUGAACUCCCUUUUCAACGCAGCACUGAAGCAGUCCUCCGCACUACGCCGCGACCUGGACGCCUUCUCUGAAGCUCCAACAACCACAUCACCUGCCGUUCAAGGCCAAAUAUCCGCCUCCCUAACAUCUUUCUCCCGCACGAUCGAUGAUUACUCCUCCUUAUCCAAACAAGAGCUCAUCCCUGCAAAACAAGAACUGGCUUUUGAGCGGCUGAAGAAUUUCCGGACUGAGCUAGCGGACUACAGACAGUUGUUUGAUCGACUAAGGAAAGAGCGCGAGGAUGCUCAAUCCACCUCAAACCGCAAUGAGCUCCUAGGCCGACGCCCCCACCAUGCCUCAACACCCGAAAACCCAUACGCCCAAUCCAACCUCCCGCAAUCUUCCCCCUUCGCCAACCCGAACUACUCACAUCACCGCCCCUCACCGGGCGGCAGUUUAGGCUUCAACGGUGUCCCAACAGACUACACGCGUGAAACCCACACAUUACGCGAACACUCCUUCCUCUCCAGCACAAACAUACAGCUAGACGAGUUUAUAGGUCGGGGCCGGGCAGUGUUGGGAGACCUAGGACAGCAGCGGGAGAUACUCAAGGGGACGCAACGGCGGUUAUAUAGUGUAGCAAACACUCUUGGAGUGAGCGGGGAUACUAUACGGACAAUUGAGCGACGGGCGAAGCAGGAUAAGUGGAUAUUUUGGGGUGGGGUUGUGGUUUUCGUUUUGUUUUGUUGGGUGGUGUUGCAUUUUUUGACGUGA